AUGUUCGCAUACAAUUUAUGUUCCAAUAAAGAAGAUUCAACACAGUUAAAUCCACAACAAUCAGUUGUUGAACCAUCAUCGAAAGCUCGUCAACGUAAUAAAAAUAAAACGGAAUCAGCUCAAAUUCUUCAUGCUCAAUUACAUUCUGUUCAACAUAAACAUGAACCAACACAAGUAAAUCAACUUCAACAGCAAGAAUAUAUUCAAACACUUGAAUUACAAUUAAAACGUCUUACAGAAGAAAAUAUUCAUUUAAUUAAUACUGGAGCUUCAACAAAUGUUAAAAUCCAAGUAUUAGGUGAACAAAUUAAAAAAUUAUCAAUUGAUAAUGCUAAUUUGGAAAAACAAGCACAUCGUAAUGAAUUAUUAGCUAAAGAAGCCCAAAAAGAAAAAGAAGCUUUAAUUCGAUAUAAUGAACAAUUAGCACAGUCUCUUCCAAAUGUGGAAAAAGACUUAAAACGUAUCGAAGAAAUACUUCAUGAACAAUUAAAUGAAAGUCAAACAUCAUAUUUACAUGAAAUCGAUCAAUAUAAACAACAUGAAUAUAAUGAUUUACAACAAUUAACUAAAGAAAUUGAAGAAUAUAAAAAACAAAUUGAUCAUUUACAAAUUCAAUAUCAAUCUCAAAAGAAUAAAUUUAGGCAAGAAAUUGAACGACUUGAACAAGAAAAAAUAUCCGAACAACAUCAAUAUGAAGAAUCUCUAUAUAGUAAACUUGCAGAAAAACAUAUUCAAAUCGAUGCAUUGCGCACAGAACUUGAUGAAACUAAAGAAAGAAAUGAUUCUACAUUUUCACAAUUAGAUGAACGUCUUCAAUCAAAACGUGAUGGAAGUCAAUUACUUAAUAACAUUCAAUAUUUUGGUCAAUGUCUUUCAUCGUCUCGACAUAUAUUUGAAUCGACCAUCGAAUCAUGCAAACAAACUUUAUCAACAACAGUGACAACAAAUAAACAUGAUAAUAAUCAACGUCAUAUACAAACAAAUAACGCUAUCCUUAUUCUUAUGAUCUUAAUGAUUCAACACACAAAGAGUCAACUACAAUCUACGGCGAAUCUUGUUAUAGGAUCAACCGUGGUUCAUCACAAACAUAUAUUAUGGAAUUUGAACUACACAAUUCUUACCACGCGAGUCGACUUCUAA